CUGGGCUGCCGAGUUACUAGACGUUCCCCGCCCUGCUGCCCUGCGCUCCCGCCUCCUGGGUCUCACCCCGCCAUGGUCCAUCUGCCUCUACAGUGUGUCCUCUGGGGCUGCUUGCUGACCGCCGUCCACCUGGAACCACCCACUGCAUGCAGAGAAAACCAGUACCUGGAAAACGGCCAGUGCUGUAACCUGUGCCAGCCAGGAGAGAGGUUGGUGAAUGACUGCACGGCGCUGACUGACACCGAAUGCCUGCCUUGCGGUAAAGACGAAUUCCUGGACACCUGGAACAGAGAGCCACGCUGUCACCAGCACAGAUACUGCGACCCCAACCUAAGGCUCCGGGUCCAGACAAAAGGCACCUCAAAAACAGACACCACCUGCACCUGUGUAGAAGGCCAGUACUGUACCAGCAGUGUCUGCGAAAGAUGUGCCCCACACAGUCUGUGCCUUCCUGGCUUUGGGGUCAAGCAGAUCGCGACAGGGGACUCUGACACCAUCUGCGAACCCUGCCUGGAUGGCUUCUUCUCCAAUGUGUCAUCUGCUUCUGAAAAGUGUCGCCCUUGGACAAGCUGCGAAGCCAGAGGCCUGCAGGAGAUGCAGGCAGGAACUAACACGACUGAUGCCCGCUGUGACUCAGGGAAUCGUUGGAGACUCCUGCUGGUGAUCCCCAUUAUCCUGAGCACCCUGCUUGCCACCUCCUUGGUGUUGGUCCUUAGCAGAAAGAUGAAGAAAUCAAAGAAUAUGACCCUCCCCCCUCAGGUUGAUCGGCAGGUUCCGGAGGAGACGGUUUUUGUGGAUUUUCCCGGGCCCAACCCUGCCGCCCCAGUGCAGGAGACCUUACACGGGUGCCAGCCCGUCACCCAGGAGGAUGGCAAGGAGAGCCGCGUCUCAGUGCAGGAGAGACAGUGAGGCCGUACGUGCAGGAGCUUGGCGACUUGGCAAAUGGAGAGCCUGGAGCUGCUGCUGCUGUACCACUGCAGUGUGGGGGACAGAAGUGGCACUCACGGGGCACAGCCCCCUCGACCUGCACCCAGCAGCUCCACACAGGAGCCCCAGCACCGGAUGCAGGAGCAGCUCAUCAGGGAGAGCUUCUCACCCGCCCUGGAGCCCAUCCUGUCUCCCAACUUGCUUCUACAGAUGGAAGUGAAACUUUGGUGAUGGGGGCAGAAUACGGUAAUAGCCGCCAAGCCCUCCGCCCCAGCAGUCCGGUGUCAGAGAUGCGUGAAGGGGGUUUCCGUAAGCCCAGGGACACACUGAAUGUGCAUUGCAGGGUUCUUUGUGGUAUUUAGGACUGGAAGUCACUUAACUGAUGUUAAGGAGACUGGCUAAAUAAAAUGGUAAUAUAUUUAUACAAAAGGACCUCAAAAAC